AUGGAAAAGUCCUCCGGUGUCAGCCCCGAUCAUCUGCCGAGAUCCAGAACAACGCCAAGGAUGGAAAGGGAGAGGGGAGCCAAGGGGCCUCCCAGAAGUCACCGGCAAAAGGCACCCAAGGCGGGCUGUCUCCCUGAAGCACCGACGAGGAAGAAAGAUAUGAGGCCGAGGGAAAAGCCAGAGGUGAAGUCAGACCAGGAGACAGAAGUGAAGCUGAAAACCACAGUGGUGGAUAUAGACAGUGUGAGAGACGAUGAGGUGAAGGAGGAGAACCUGGGGCUGCUGGAAGCUGCAGACCAAGACGAUGGGUUGAAGCGCAAGAACCUGGGUGUGUUUGAGUGGAUGCUGAUGGUCUUCACCCUGGCUUUGGUUCUUCUCUUCCUGCCUUUCUCCAUCUGGUUCUGUGUUAAAAUAGUGAGGGAGCACGAAAGGGCCGUGAUCUUCAGAAUGGGUCACCUCCUUUGCGGAAGAGCCAGAGGCCCAGGCCUCCUUUUCUACCUCCCACUCCUCGAUGUGUGUUACAAAGUGGACAUCCGUCUGAAAAUGCUGCAGGUUCCCCCUCACACGGUAUAAGACGUUCAACACGUCGCGC